ACAUUGGAGGAGGAAAAAAUCACACAACCAAAAGCGUUGAGAGAAAAAACAAGAGAAGAGAGAAAAAAAAAAAACAAAAGCUUAGGAAACAUCAAAAAAAAAAAAAAGAGAAGAGAAUAUAAAUUUUUGUUUUCGUUUUCAAAACCAAAAUCUUUGAAUUUUAUGGCAACCCGUCUCCUCCGAACAAACUUUAUCCGGCGAUCUUACCGUUUACCCACUUUUAGCCCGGUGGGUCCUCCCACCGUGACUGCUUCCACCGCAGUCGUCCCGGAGAUCCUCUCCUUUGGACAACAAGCACCGGAACCACCUCUCCACCACCCAAAACCCACCGAGCAACAAUCUCACGAUGAUCUCGAUCUCUCCGACCAAGCCCGUCUCUUCUCCUCUAUCCCUACCUCUGAUCUUCUCCGUUCCACCGCCGUGCUGCAUGCGGCGGCAAUAGGUCCUAUGGUGGAUCUAGGAACGUGGGUCAUGAGCUCUAAACUUAUGGACGCUGCCGUGACGCGUGGCAUGGUCCUAGGGCUCGUGAAAGGUACGUUUUAUGACCAUUUUUGCGCCGGUGAAAAUGCCGACGCAGCCGCUGAGCGCGUGAGAAGCGUUUAUGAGGCUACUGGUCUUAAAGGGAUGCUCGUCUAUGGCGUCGAACACGCCGAUGACGCUGCAUCUUGUGAUGAUAACAUGCAACAAUUCAUUCGAACCAUUGAAGCUGCCAAAUCUUUACCUACAUCCCACUUUAGCUCAGUGGUGGUGAAGAUAACCGCGAUUUGUCCAAUUAGUCUUCUGAAACGAGUGAGCGAUCUGCUUCGAUGGGAAUACAAGAGUCCAGGUUUCAAACUCUCGUGGAAGCUCAAAUCGUUUCCGGUUUUCUCCGAUUCGAGUCCUCUCUACCACACAAACUCAGAACCGGAACCCUUAACCGCGGAAGAAGAAUUGGAGCUCGCAGCAGCCCACACAAGGAUCCAAGAAAUCUGUAGGAAAUGCCAAGAGUCCAAUGUACCAUUGCUGAUCGAUGCGGAAGACACAAUCCUCCAACCCGCGAUCGACUACAUGGCUUACUCAUCGGCGAUCCUGUUCAACGCGGACAAAGACCGACCGAUUGUUUACAACACGAUUCAGGCGUACUUGAGAGACGCCGGUGAAAGAUUGCAUUUGGCUGUACAAAAUGCCGAGAAAGAGAAUGUUCCUAUGGGGUUCAAGUUGGUAAGAGGCGCUUACAUGUCUAGCGAAGCUAGUUUGGCAGAUUCCUUGGGUUGCAAGUCGCCGGUCCACGACACAAUCCAGGACACGCACUCUUGUUACAACGACUGUAUGACCUUCCUGAUGGAGAAAGCCUCGAACGGAUCAGGUUUCGGGGUCGUUCUUGCAACACAUAACGCUGAUUCGGGGAGACUUGCGUCUAGGAAAGCGAGUGACCUCGGUAUCGAUAAACAGAACGGCAAGAUAGAGUUUGCACAGCUAUACGGAAUGUCAGAUGCAUUGUCCUUCGGUCUAAAGAGAGCUGGGUUCAAUGUGAGCAAGUACAUGCCGUUUGGACCAGUCGAAACCGCUAUACCGUAUCUUCUCCGACGUGCUUAUGAGAACCGGGGAAUGAUGGCAACCGGAGCGCAUGACCGCCAACUCAUGAGGAUGGAACUCAAGAGGAGGUUAAUCGCCGGGAUUGCAUAAAGACAAGUGUUUAACUGUUAUUAUGUAUGGAUUAUGUAUGGAUCCAUUAAAAUGAAAUUCGGAAAUGUAGAUGAAUAAAUUUCUUCUAUGUAGAUUAAGAAAUUGGAAAAACAUUAAAAAAAAAAAUUAUAAUAUAAGAAAUGGAGGUAGGAAAGAACAUUUCAUGUGGCUUUAUCACAAUGGACUACAUCUUUGUAUCGAUAUUUUAUUCACCAAUGUAUAUUCAUCCUCCCUGAUCAAUAAUAAUGAAAGUACCUUUUUAUUUUA